UGUGUCAACAGAUGGACCGGUUAAGGCCAAUGUCUUCCUUAUAACCCUUAAGCAGGUUGCUUCUCAGUUCUCUGUUAUCGUCGGGUGUGUGCAGUUGCUGUAUUCCAUUGCCUCUCUUAGAUUAUAAAUCCUUUGCUGUCAAAAUGGCCAAAAUCUCCGCCGGUCCUGUUGUUGACAUCCUCGGAGAUGAAAUGACUCGUGUCAUUUGGGACAUCAUCAAGGAUAAACUCAUUCUACCUUUCUUGGAUGUCGAACUCCACACUUUUGAUCUUGGCAUGGAAAACCGCGAUGCCACCGACGACCAGGUAACCAUUGAUUGCGCGGAAGCAGUAAAGAAAUACAACGUUGGUAUUAAAUGUGCCACCAUUACACCUGAUGAGAAACGAGUUGAAGAAUUCCAUUUAAAGAAAAUGUGGAAGUCUCCGAAUGGUACACUAAGAAACAUUCUUGGUGGAACUGUUUUUCGAGAACCCAUUAUUUGCAAAAACAUUCCUCGGUUGGUAACUGGAUGGACUGCUCCAAUCAUCAUUGGUCGCCACGCUCACGCCGACCAAUAUAGAGCAACUGAUUUUUUAAUCCCUGGAGCAGGCCAAUUGGAAAUGAAAUGGACUGCUGCUGAUGGAUCCACAAGCAUUGUGCAUAUCGUCAAUGACUUCAAGGGUGCUGGAGUUGCUAUUGGAAUGUACAAUACUGACGAUUCCAUUAGGGAUUUCGCUCAUUCUUCGUUGCAAUACGCUCUGCAGCGAGAAUAUCCUCUCUAUCUCAGCACCAAAAAUACUAUCUUGAAAAAGUACGAUGGUCGCUUCAAAGAUAUUUUCCAAGAAAUCUACGAUGCAGAGUACAAGCCGUUGUACGAAGCCAAGAAGAUUUGGUAUGAGCAUCGUUUGAUUGAUGAUAUGGUUGCAUAUGCUAUGAAAUCGGAAGGCGGGUUUGUUUGGGCAUGCAAGAACUACGAUGGUGAUGUCCAGUCAGACUCAGUUGCUCAAGGGUAUGGAUCUUUGGGGAUGAUGACUUCCGUCCUCAUUUGCCCAGAUGGGAAAACUGUUGAAGCUGAGGCUGCUCAUGGAACAGUGACCCGCCACUACAGAAUGCAUCAGCAAGGAAAGGAGACAUCCACAAAUCCUAUUGCUUCCAUUUUCGCCUGGACGCGUGGACUGGAGCAUCGUGCAAAGUUGGACAACAACGAGCCUUUGAAACGAUUCUGUAGCGCAUUAGAAAGCGUAUGCGUUGAGACUAUCGAAGCUGGUUUCAUGACCAAAGAUUUGGCCAUUUGCAUCAAGGGAAUGAAUGGCGUAACUCGAGGCGACUAUUUGAAUACCUUCGAAUUCAUGGAUAAGUUAGCCGAAAAUCUUAAAAUCAAGUUGGCGUGACAACAAAAAAGAGCUUACGAGUCUUCAUCUGUGACCAGCAGAUUAUAAGUUUAAAGUACUCAGCAUAAUUUUUUUACCAAUCAUGUAUCGUUCGAUAAUUAUAGAAAUGUUGGGAAUUGGAAUGUUUACAAUAAAGCUGUUAUCGAGUUA